CGAGAGCGAGAGGAGCGUAAAGCUUCUCAGAGCACAGAAUCAUGGGUGAUUACUAUGAAAUUCUCGGAGUGCCCAGGAACACCAGCCAGGACGACAUCAAACGGGCAUAUAGGAAGCUGGCAUUAAAGUGGCACCCCGACAAGAACCCUGACAAUAAAGAGCUGGCAGAGAAAAAGUUCAAAGACAUUGCAGAGGCCUACGAAGUGUUAUCAGAUGCGGGAAAGCGGGAGACCUAUGAUCGUUAUGGGAAAGCGGGAUUCUCAGGACCUGAGCCCCGAUCCAGCUCAGGAGGAUGCCGGUUCCAUGAAUAUGCCUACACAUUCCGGAGCCCAGAGGAGGUAUUCCAGGAAUUCUUUGGUGGACGAGACCCCUUCUCUGACUUCUUUGGGGAUGAAUUUCUGUUUCCUGAAAUGCAUCACACUCGCUCCUCUCCAUUUUUUUCGGACGCUUUUCCUGCUACUAGAGUGUUCUCAUCUUUCUCAUCUUUUGGAAGUAAUGGGUUUGGUAUGGCCGGGAACGUCUGUUCUGUUUCCACCUCAACUAAAUUUAUAAAUGGCAAACGAAUAACAACCAAACGGAUAGUAGAAAAUGGAGUGGAACGGGUGGAGGUGGAGGAGGACGGCCAGCUGAAGUCCAUCCAGGUCAAUGGGGUUGAAGAUGAACUUGCCUUGGCCCUAGAGAUGAGCAAACGGGAUCACCAGACAAAGAUGCAAAACCCCAACAACCAUGCCAGGGGGUCACCACACAACAUCCAGCGAUCCCAGAGCGCCGGCCCCGCUUACAUGGUGCUGGACAGCGAUGACGAAGAUGAGGAUCUGCAACUGGCCAUGGCCUACAGCCUCUCCGAAAUGGAGGCUGCCGGGCAGCACCAAGCAGGUGUGUUCUGAGAUCGGAGUCACAUACACUUCUGUUACCGUCGCUGGCAGGGGUGGGGUGCCAGGGGAGCACAGGCAAGCUUUCCCCCCGCCCCCCCGCACAAUACACCUUCCCUGCGAGGCGGCAUUGGCAUGUGGGCUGUACCAUCUUGAAA